CCUCGGGCUUUCAUGAUGAAGGAUAAUUAUAUCCCUGACUACAUAUAUAAAAUGAGAGAGAGGACAGACAGAAGAUUAAUAGUCUUUAGAAGGAAUCAGAAACAUAAAGCACGAUGAGGGCCGCUUUGACGUCGUUAGUCUCUUUGGCUUUAGUAUCAUUGGUGAUUGGCCAACAAAACACAGCGUGUUCGACAGACUCCGACUGUAAUAAAAUAUGCGGUACAAAUAUGAUUGGACACUGCGAACAAAAUACAUGCCACUGCCACAACAUGAACGAAUGCGUUCAUGCAUCUGAUUGUACAUGCGGUGGUAACCAAAUCGCCACAUGUGACAAUCACCUGUGUCAUUGCCACCACCCACGCCGAGCAGUGAACGAAUGCGUCCAUGCGUCAGACUGCACAUGCGGUGGUAACCAAAUCGCCACAUGUGACAAUCACCAGUGCCACUGCCAUCACCCAAGGCGUGCAGUGAUUGAAUGCCACCAUGCGUCUGACUGCACAUGCGGUGGUAACCAAAUUACUACAUGUGACAAUCACCAGUGCCAUUGUCAUCACCCACGGCGUGCAGUGAACGAAUGCGUCCAUGCUAAUGACUGUACAUGCGGUAAUGGUCAGAUUGCCACAUGUGACAAUCAUCAGUGCCACUGCCAUCACCCAAGGCGUGCAGUGAUUGAAUGCCACCAUGCGUCUGACUGCACAUGCGGUGGUAACCAAAUUGCCACAUGUGACAAUCACCAGUGCCACUGCCAUCACCCAAGGCGUGCAGUGAUUGAAUGCCACCAUGCGUCUGACUGCACAUGCGGUGGUAACCAAAUUGCUACAUGUGACAAUCACCAGUGCCAUUGUCAUCACCCACGGCGUGCAGUGAACGAAUGCGUCCAUGCUAAUGACUGCACAUGCGGUAAUGGUCAGAUUGCCACAUGUGACAAUCAUCAGUGCCAUUGCCAUCACCCAAGGCGUGCAGUGAACGAAUGCGUCCAUGCUAAUGACUGUACAUGCGGUAAUGGUCAGAUUGCCACAUGUGACAAUCACCAAUGCCACUGCCAUCACCCACGUCGCGCCGUGGAGUGCACACAUGCCAAUGAUUGCACUUGUCUACAUCAUCAAAUUCCCACAUGUGACAACCAUGUUUGUAAUUGCCAUCAUCCGUAAUUACGUUUGUGUUUGAUAUUAUAGUUUGUGACUUACUACAGAUUUAAAAUC